UGGCCUUUAUCAAUUUCCCGUAAUAUAAUUUCCCAUUUCCUGGGCAAGUGAGGCAAUCCUUAAUUGUAAUUUGUGGACUGAUGUCUGGCCGGGCCGACUGAAUCAAGUCGAGCUUGAGGGAGGUGUUGUGUUGAAGCAGCUGACAACAGAAGCGGCGUCACCAAUCGAGGACAUUUCACCUCUGCACAUCCUUUCCGCUUCAUCGCUAUGUGAUCGUGAAAUCUGAGCCAUGUACGCAUCCACACCUUACAGCAUCAUCUCCUACAGACAAGCUGCUCGCAAGACUCAGAAGACAAAAUGUUUUUAGCGCAUCGUUACCUCACAGCUGGUAAUCUUACUCUAAAUCCAUGCCCAUCACUUGGUCAAUCAAGAGAUGCAAGGGAAUCUGAUGACAGUUUGGAUGCCUAUCAAGCUGUACAAGCAGAAGAGAAAAGGCAGCAGAAGAAGAAGGAAAAAUACCAGAAAAGACAAGACUUCAAGGCUCAAAGACAUCCCAGCAAACCAGAGGGAGGCUGCUGUGAUUGUGCGUUAUGCCGCUGUCUCAAACGUGUACCCUACGGUACACUGUUUGCUCUUCUUCUCCUAUUUGGUGGAUUAGCUCUUCUGACAUAUCAAAUUCUCAAUAUUCGAGAUGUUGCUAAGAGGAUGUUCGCGGUCGACGCAAAUUUCAAUAGCAACAGUGUACUGUUUGAAGGCAACGAUACAUUAUUCUGGGUUUUAAUCGCUGCUGUGGCUGUGAUGGGCUUGUAUGGUAUCUUGUUGGUAGUGAUUGCUUGCCUCACGACUGGCCCAUCUGGACAAAACACGUGUGGACGUGAACAUACCAGAUGCAUUGGCUUGUGCAGCACAGACAUUCUGAUCAUGAUAACCUACGUACUAUGUGCUGUCUGGAUUGCUUUGACUGUAGUCCUAGCCAUGCCGUUUACUUUCAUGUUGAUGGUUCGUUCCUACUGUAAGACAUCAUCCACUUGCAUUGAUCUCGGUCACUAUGGUCUGGUUGAGAAUGUUGAGAAGACGGCCACCCAAAACCUAACUGAUUACGUGAUGCCAGUGUGCGGGAAAAAAAUGGAGAACUUGUGUGCAAAGAAUGCAUCAAUCUGGCUGUCAUCCUUUCUGGCCAUGGCUUCAUGCAUCAUGAUCGUCAUUUCUCUGAUUCACUUCUUGAUGGCUCUAUCUGCCAACCACACUUACCAGAAGUUGCUGAGUGGUAACCAGCCGACUCGUAGUAAGUAUGGUAAUGAUUACCGCCGUGCAUAUGGCGAUUCUGACAUCCCUUUGCAAGAACCUCUGAAUAUUCAUGAUGAAAGUACACGAUUCUGAAGCGAGGCCAGGAGACCAAAGAUUGACGUAGUUCGGAUGGGAACUGCAUCAUCUGAUUAAGAAAAUCACGGCCAAGAUGCCUGGCAACUACAACACGGGAAUCUUUGAGGGGCUUGCUAACCAUCAAUUAGUCCGUUGAUGACUACAUGUGGGUGGUGUAGUGAUGCGGUUGAUUACAGCAUACAGCUACAGGUUGUGAGUGCUGUUCAUAAUGCAAGGUUUCGUCCUCAAGACUACCAUUAUCUAAAAAUCAAGUUACAGAAAAUCUUGUUACACACCGUACGUGCGAUGUUCGCUCAGAUGAAGCAGAAUUAACGUCUACAAUUCAGUUUAUAUUAUCUUGAAUUACAUCAUAAGCGAGAUGAUGUCUCAGUGAUAAGAGGCUUGCUAUGCAGGGUCGUUCAUUCAAUAUCACGUAGCUGACGCUGGCUAAGAGGCGACAUGCCAUGUCUGUAGGAGGACAGCCUUAAUGGACUGGCAGCCUUUACCUCUAUUAAAAAAGAACGUUUGUAAAAAUACGUGUAAACUGGAUUGUUCUUGUUCAAGUAGGACAAUUAGAAUAAACUGUAGAUACAGAUCCCCCAACAUCGAUCAUGAUUUGGUCUCCUUGCUUAGAUGUAGAAGCUGAAAUUAUGAUAGUGUCAUAAUUUCGAUUACAUAGUUAAUCAAUUGCUGUGAAUGUAAACAAAAACACUCGAGCUUUCAGUUUCUAUGGAUAUUGUAAAACUAUGAUGAGUAAGUAUUGAAAUAUAUGUAUAUUAGCUAAAUCAAUGGUGGUGUAUGUUCAACUGUGCUGAGACAAACUAAGCUUUUAUUAAUACGUUGAAGUGUCCUUUUGAAGUGUAUCCGUAUCGGGUAGCAUUGCAUCAAUGGGGUUUGACUUGGGUCUUCAAAGUCAAUUUCCUGUGUGAAUCUGAGUGAUACACUAUAUGACACACCUCACUGGUUUCUCCUACGGUGCAUAUGACUGUCAUACUAUGAAAGCCUACCACGCUUCAAUAAGUCUCAAUUACAUUCAAUCGAAACAUCUGCAACAAUCAAUUACAAGCAUCUCUUUGAUGAGGAAACACUCCAGUUAUUUUGACAGACCAAGAAUUCUUGAAUAUUCGAUUCGAAAUUUUAUAUGAAGUUACAGAAUUUUAAAAACUUUCACACUAUCUUGGUAUUUCUAACAAGUUUCUGAAAAAGUGUGCACUAACAAAUUUGAAGGGAGUGUUGUAGCUUCACCUGGGCAAUUCAACAGAGAGUAAUUUGGUAAUGAAGGCCGACAGUACAAAGAAAUAUGAAGCUAAGUGACCUUGCUUGUAUCACAGAAGCGUGGCAUGUUUUCACAAUCUGCCAGACUACAUGUACAUACAUGUUCAUUUUUACAUCAAUAUGAGUAUCGUAGGACAAAGCAUUAUCUAGUCAAGGUCAUGUCAUAUUCAAGGUUUUUAUGACACUCAGGGAAUCCCAUUUUUCAACAAAGUCUACGUGCUUUCCCAGUCUUGUAAUGAAGUGUAACCACUCGGAAUUUUAAGGGUGUCCCCAAAACAUUGGUGACCUUCUUGUGAUGUUUACUGCAUCGGCCAGGUAAAAUAAAUCAAAUAAAAUACAGAGAAAAAUGUACACACGAAAACCAAACAAUCGACAAAGAAACAAGGAUUAAAUACCAAAACAAAGCUAAAAAGUAGUCAAGUUUAACCUUCAGAAGAUUUGCGAUGUGGUAAUGAACUAAGGAAUAGAGAAUUCUGGCUGCAGUUUCUCUACGCCAAUCUCUUUUUGGGACACUCUAAGUUUCUUACUGUUCAUUGUCAAAUGAUGUAUUGAUGUAAUUGGAUUGUUCUGUCACUCAGUAUAUAUAUUAGCGCUACAAGGUUAAAGACAAAACAUCUCCGAUAUUCUGGUCUUGGCCACCAUGCUGCCACUUACCAGAAUGUUAAUUUUUCAAUCAGAUAUUCCUUUUUGUAAUCUUUAAUAAUUUGGAUAAUUUCGUCGCCAGCAAAGUUGCUGGAUUUGGAAAAUCGAUUUUCACGUACUUUGAGUGACACCCUUUUUAUUAGUUUUCUUAGCUCACCCCCUUCCUCUAAGUAACUUUGUAAGAACAGAACACAAACGACAAAGGUUUAUGUAAGAUACAUAAGGGCUACUUUUUUUCAAAAUCUCUCCUGUGAGCCCCCCAUUAAUCAUGUCAAUAUUCCAUCAACUAGCCUUCGACGAGAAAAUCGGAAUAUGUUUAACCUUCUAAUGUAAAAACCUAUUUUAGAAUGCUGUAAAACUACUGAUUACUCGUAAGAUUUGGUACAGUUUGUGGCACUUGUGAAAUCUUGUAACAUGAUAUCAAAUCAUUUAGCUGUUACCAGCUUUUGUACAGUAAAUUGAUAGUGAUGUGCAAGGUGUGUUCCAAAUCAUGAACAAGUUACAAUAGUGAACCAGUAAGAAAUGGGUAGAUGAAACUGCUUAGCAUUCUAGUUGAUUAACUAUGAGUAUAGUAUUCAAGUGUUCUGAUCUGUGUUGUGCAAUGAUGGUGCUUUCAUCUAAGAUGUAAUUCUUGAGAUUUUUCCAUUCAGUUUAUCUUGAAACUAAACUUUGGUUAAUAUGCCCAGAAGAUCAUAAGAUUCCAGUAACACCUUGGUAGGUUUGACAACAGCAAACAAUUUGUGUAUACUUGCAGAUUUUCAGUUCCAAAACAACUCAACUAUGUUGCUAAAACUGGAAGCAAAUAAUUUGUCAUGCACACGAUGAUCUUGAUUUUCAAUGUUGUCUUUCACUGCAAAUUCGUAAGAAUAGUCAUCAUGUGACGUUUGCCAUUAUGUUUUACCUGAAAUAGCAUGCAUUGAGGUUUAACUUUAAUUUUUGUUAAAGAGAGCUUGAAAUCUUUGAUCAAACUUUAAACUUUGCUUCAAAAUAGCGUUUCAAACAAAGAAGAAAGGCAAAAAUGAAUUAUUGCUAAAAAUAUUGCAAUGAUACAAUAUUCACAGAAAAACUUUCACAAAACAGUUUAAGAAAAUGCCUUUUGCUUGUCUUACGCCUCUCAAUUUGUCAGAAAUAUUUUUAAAAAACCGAAAAGAAUAGAGAAAUUGGUUUCAACAAAGUAUUUAUUUUGAAGCAGUGUAUUGACGUGAAGAUUUGUACAAACAUAGAUGUAAUGUUUCUUGUUAACUGUACAGGAUAUUCUGAAUCUUGUAUUAUUUAAAUUCAAUACAAGCGGUGUUUUAAGUUCAACUGCUACUGUACAAAUACGUUUGCAUUCAUUCUUAUGCUAUUUACAAAUAAAUGUCUUUAAAAUCUGA